UUACGAGUGUCCACACAGGAAACUGCCGCCCGUUGUGAAUUCUGGGUAAUGAAGUAUUCCUGCGUUGCACAGUCAUGAAGCUAGUUAGCUAGCUUCUGGGGCUCAGAACUGUGAGCAGCCGCUCAGUAGGUGUCUAACCCGGCACAAUGAUGAAUGGAAAGACGGUGAUAGUGACCGGCGCUAACAGCGGGAUAGGGAGAGCCACAGCAGCGGGCAUCGUGAGGCUCCAGGGCCGUGUGAUAAUGGCCUGCCGGGACAUGAGCAGGGCUGAGGAGGCGGCUCGGGAGAUCCGACAGGAGACUGGAGCCGACAGUACACAGCUGGUCGUCAAACAGCUGGACCUCGCCUCGCUCGCAUCCGUACACACUUUCUGUCGAGACAUAAUGAAGGAGGAGCCUCGGCUAGAUGUGCUGAUCAACAACGCCGGCAUCUACCAGUGCCCUUACACCAAAACAGAGGACGGCUUCGAGAUGCAGUUCGGGGUCAACCACCUGGGCCACUUCCUGCUCACCCACCUGCUCCUGAACCUGCUCAAACGGUCAGCUCCCAGUCGCAUAGUGGUGGUCUCCUCCAAACUCUACAAGCGCGGUCUCAUCAACUUCGAGGACCUGAACAGCGAGCAGAGCUACGACAGGGCCUUCGCCUACAGCCGCAGCAAGCUGGCCAACCUGCUGUUCACCUGCGAGCUGGCCCGUCGGCUGGAGGGCAGCGGCGUUACCGUGAACGCUCUGACUCCAGGCAUAGUGAGGACUAAUUUGGGGAGGCAUGUUCACGUCCCGGUGUUAGCUAAGCCCCUGUUUAACCUGCUCUCCCGGGGCUUGUUCAAGAGCCCUGAGGAAGGAGCUCAGACAUCGGUGUUUUUGGCCUGCAGCCCAGAUGUGGACGGCGUGCAGGGCAAGUGCUUUGCGGAUUGUCGGCCUCAGGUUCUGCUGGACAAGGCCACAGACCAGGAAGUGGCCAGCAAACUGUGGGACAUUAGUGAAGUCAUGGUGGGCAUAACCACAUGAGAUCUAGAAUGAAUUCAUCCAAAACAGGCUUAUCAUUACAGAGGCAAAUGAACUGUCUGGGGUAAUGAAAAAGUUCAGAUACUUAGUGCCUUGCAGCCACAGAGAGUGUUGGCAUUAGUUCCAAAGCACAGUGGUGUCACAAAAAUGUUUUUCUUCAGAUACAGAUGCUUCAUCCUCAAUCAAGUGCUUCACAAAACAGUAGGAGUACAGCAUAAUAGAAUAGUUUAGUUUGCAUGAGGUUCCUAUCUACAGUGUGUUACCUACAAUGGACCAAUGGCGGUCCACACGCAACAAAUUUGGAGCAUACAGCAUACAGGGAUCCCCGCCACAGAAGCAGAGCAAUGUACUGCUGUGGACGAGGGCUGCAGAAAUAUGUACUUUAGCCACCUAAAGAAAAUCUAUCAGUUUAAGCGUAUGCUUUAUACAUUAAGGAUAUUUUCACUGCUUUACCUCGCUGUCAGACAGCCUUUUUCUGUAACCGUAGAAUCUGCAGCACUUGUCGGCAGCUUGCUGGUGUAGAUGUGAUGUACAUAUAAGUCACCAUAUAUACUCACAUAUAGGCUACAUCAUCUGACUGCGUCCAGAAGACAAUAAAAAUAGUUUUAAAAAGUUUGAAUCAAUAAAAUUCUCAAUUAAAUGUUUUUUUCCUGAACUGAUGAUGGAAGUAGGCAAAUGAAGUGUUUCUAUCAAUCUUUGGUCUCUCUAAAGCCACCAGACUCCAUUGGGGGGAAAAAAACAAAAAAACAAAAAGUGAUUUAACAGAACUCUGGAUUUGCUGGCCUGCCACUAUAAGGCUUCAGUUUCCUGUUAGAAAGGUAAAGCAGUGACAAUAUUCUAAAUAUAGUGUACUUUUAAAACGAUUUAGAUUUUUUUUAUGGGGCUAAAAUAGGUUUUCCUGCGGUCCCUGUCCACAGCAGUACAUAGCUGAGCUUCUGUGCUGGUACUCAUGUCUGCUUCUUCAAACUGUGGAGGCUUACCACCGUAUACUGCAGGCCAUGCACUGACUAUGUAUAAGUAGCUCAUACAACCCCACUUUAAAAUAGCAGAACUAAGCUGAAGUGUGGUUUCCUGCAGCCACUGGUUACUGGUGCGGCUGCCAUGGUAUUAGCUUAAAGCAGUCACAUUAUGGCUGCAGGUCAGAGCACGGAGCUGACAGAAACAUCUGGGAACAUCUUCAUCUUUACUUGCGUGAUCAUCAGUCAUGCAUCUGCGUUCAGUCAGCGCUGCCAUCUUUGUAUUUUCCAAUUGUAAAGACGACUGACAGAGUGCCCCACUCCCUCUAUGUUAGAACUGUCUCUGAUUUAGGUAAGGGUUGGGUCUUUUUUUCAUUACUUUGCUUCGAGUUACAUAAACAUAUUUUUUGACAAAAACCUGUUUUCAUUUAAAGGGCCUGAAAGCACAUUUUCUAAAUCAGCUUCUUCCAGUGAGUGGUAGGCUCGUAUAGGAGCACACUACUUCCUGCCAAAGUGUUUUUUUUUUCUCUCUGCUCUUUUCCCCAGUUUGUAGUGGGCGGAGCUUAGUUGGAAAGUGUGACGUAACAUAUUUCCAUGACUUAGUUAAUUUGAAAAAAAAAUGUCAUGACGUUUGAUAUCAAAUGCAAAAUGCUGUCUGAACCAUUUGACAGUAUAUAUAAUGGGUAGAGCUUCCGGGUCUGAAAAGUGAAGCCAACCCGGAAGUGUCUUAAACCUAUAUUCUAUGUAAAUUAAUUUGUCCUUUGUAGAGCCCAGCCGAUAUGGGAUAUGAGACCAGGACUAAUUGUAGAGGGUAAAACUUCACCGAUUACCAAUAUGGCAGCCAAAUAAAAACAGACAUUUUCUUUGUGGAUUGUGCAUUUAUAUGACUCUGCAAAGGCACCCAGAAUGCUGCUUUCUUGAACAAAUAACUUUAUGAAAGAAUAGUUCAGUUAAAUAUUUCUAAUCUAGUCAUUUCUGAAGCGGCUUCUUCUCUCUUACUCUGUGCUGUGCUUAUAUAUAUAAUAUAAACUUUGCAGUGACACCAAUAUAUCACCAUAAGCAUUCAUUUAUGCAUUAUAUACCGGGGAAAAAUAUCGGUUUUCAUAUUGCCGUUUAUUGGAUAACAUAUACCGAUACCGAUAUGUCUGAGAGAGGUCAAUAUCGGCCAAUAAUAUCGGCCAACCGAUACAUCAACGGGGCUGUAUUCCUUUACAUAGAUAACAGUUGAAUGUAUGUUUUAAAUGGAACACUGCCCAGUUAAAAUGGAGUAUGAAGAGAUCUAUGGUCAUGCCAUGAGAGUGAACGAUGUGUAGAACUGCUCUGAAAUGAUUUAAAUAAAUGUUGUAUCACA